AUGCAAACGUGUGUGGGUAAAGCCACAAGUACCCAUCCAAUAGGCCCAGUAGUUUCUGAAGAUGGCUCCAACAACGGGAACCUGGGUUUCAUCCAUGCCUUUGUGGCCUCUAUCUCCGUCAUCAUCGUCUCUGAGUUGGGAGACAAGACCUUUUUCAUUGCAGCCAUCAUGGCCAUGCGUUACAACCGUCUCACCGUGCUGGCAGGUGCCAUGCUGGCCUUGGGGCUGAUGACCUGUCUUUCUGUGCUAUUUGGCUAUGCCACAACCAUCAUCCCUAGAAUCUACACUUACUAUGUGUCCACCGCUCUGUUCGCCAUCUUCGGUAUACGCAUGCUGCGGGAGGGGCUGAAGAUGAGUCCAGAUGAAGGCCAGGAGGAGCUGGAGGAGGUGCAGGCGGAGAUCAAGAAGAAGGAUGAAGAGCUCCAGCGGGCCAAGCUGAUCAAUGGGACGGCCGAUGUGGAGGCUGGGACUGGGACGGCCCUGCCUCAGGGAAACUGGCACAGCAUCAUCUCACCCAUCUUCAUCCAGGCCCUCACCCUCACCUUCCUGGCAGAGUGGGGGGACCGCUCGCAGCUGACCACAAUUAUUCUGGCUGCGCGGGAGGAUCCAUUUGGAGUCGCCGUGGGCGGUACACUUGGACACUGUAUGUGUACAGGACUGGCUGUGGUAGGAGGGAGAAUGAUCGCCCAGAAAAUAUCUGUCAGAACAGUGACAAUCAUCGGUGGGAUAGUUUUUCUGGCCUUCGCCUUCUCGGCCCUGUUCAUCAAGCCAGACGCUGGAUUUUAAUUUGAAGAGAGACGUUCAGGUUUUUUCUCUGUACAUACGUGUAAUAUUUGGUUAAGUUGCUGUAGAGAGACUGUAGUUUUGACUCUGUGUGUGUGUCCAACAGACAGUCCUUUCCUCAUCUCCUAGCUAGCCUCUGUUCCACCACAAUCUAACUCUGGGGGGUAAAGACUUCCCUUUUGUUUUCAUUAAAUAACAUUUCCUAACAGUGAAUGUACAUUAAAGCCGUGUUGGAGCUGUUAUCUAAGCAAUGCUUUAUUUUUAUGAAGUACAGGAGUUGGAUAACGUAGGAAAUAAAUCCCUGGAUCUUUUUCUGAAAGUCUGACUUGUACGUCUUGAUGGGAACAAAGCUCAUCAAAGCUCAGAGGCUAGCAGAGUAUUGGAUUUGACUGUAGCUCUCAGUUAGAGCUGUACUCUCAUCACAAGGUGUGUGAGCGAAGGAGGACUGGAUUGUUACUGAUUACCGCCCCCCCCGACAGAGCCUGACAUGCAGUACUUCCCUCAACGCUAAGCCGUCAAUUAGACACUGAGUCCAUUUACAAAUAUUUGCCUCUUCUUCUCUGUUUUUUUAAAUGUUUAUUCGUCAUGAGCCCAGGUGCUGUCAGGUGACAGGUUAAUAACUGGACGAGCUGCCAGUUCACUCUUACAGGAGUUGUUCCAUCUUCCUCUCUGAGUGAUACAUCUGAUCUGCCGCAUAAUAAGCGGGAGUACAUUAUAAUAUAAUUUCCCAGUGUUAGAAAUACACUGCAAACAUAACCAACAGCACAUUAUUAAUUAAAAGAAUGUGUUUGAGAUAUAUGAUUUGAGAUUUUAUUCAAGGCUUCAUCCCAAAAUGUCCCUCAAUUUAUUUUCUGUUUCAAAUAAAAGCAGUCUUUUAAAGACACACGAACCACUAGAAACCUCUGUGUCCAGGUGUGGCUUAACCUAUGUUGGAUUGGAGCUACAUCACAGCUUAAGAUUGCUUAUGUGCUUAUUUUCAAAACGCUAAUCACAUGUUGGACAUAUUGAUCGGGGUACUUCAACAUUUCCUGCUUUCAGUUUGGGUGCUGGUAUUGAACAAAACAGGUUGAAGAAAGGCCAGUACUUGCCUCACUCUCCCACACACGUUCACGCUUCCUACGUGAUUAUAGCCAUUAAAUACGAACCUCGCUGCCUCUAUCGUUGCUGCCCCGAAUCACUAAAUAAACGAUAACAUCAGUUACAGAAUGAAUGACAGAAACCAUCAUGUAUCCAACUAAAAACGUCCAUUAGAAGUCACUCCUUUAGCCAUAAGCAGCUGUGUUGUAGCUACAGCAACACCUGAACAAUGCAGCGACGUUUCACCUUUUUAUUUAAAGUGGUAUCUAUUUAUUUAGCUUCAUGUACUGUAGCAGCAGAAAGGGUGGGAGAGGUAACUAUAAACAAGGAAUGGACAUAUUUUUUUAAGGUAAAAAGGCUAAAGCUGCAUUGUCAAUAUUUGACAGGCUGUGCCCAGCUGUGAAAUACUUCUGUUUGUGAUACAGGUUGGUUGUAAUGCCUAUACAUCUAAAUAGCUCAAUAAAAAUAUUUCAUGUGUUGUCUGAUUUCAUA